GAUACAGAGACAGGAUCAAUCUGGACAGAUCCUCAGGACCUGGAGCUCAUGAAUCUUGUUCUGACUGACAGUGGACAAUACACAGUAUCAGUGGAUGAAAACACCAAACUGGAAGUGUAUGGUAAGUUUUGUAUUCUAAUUCUAUAUGUUCCCCUCCAUUUUCUAGCUUUUGGUUUCACAUCAUCAGUCCAAAUACUUCAUUGUGAGGCUGGACUGCAGAAACAUUUCACAGCCAUACAUAUACCAUACUACCAUACCAUAAUGCUGACACAUCAUAUUUUAGUAAAUGGUUUUGAAGUAAAGAAACGCAUUUCCUCUGGCCAAAUCUCAGACAUAUCUAUGGCUGAUAAGUGGAUUAGGCUACUGUUUGUCAUUACUUUUGCAUUAUUAGGUGUUUCUCAAAUCCAAUGAUUUCGCUCAGUGUCAACCAUUACUUCUGUCCAUCUCUUCCAAUUCCCAAAUAUGUUAUUUUUAUGCGUUGUGCACAAAUCUUUUUAUUAAUGUCAGCAUCAUUGAUGAAGUAAAGGUGUGUUAGGUACAUUUUCUAAUAGACACAUUCAGUAUCACUCAGAAUGAAGAUAGUCAUGGUCAACUUGUGAUGACCUACUUGGCUCCCAAGUUAUGAUAACUGCUUUAUUGAACAUUUGUUUGAGAUAUGGAGCAGUUAGGUCCUGUUGAUUCCAAGUCUAUUUGUUAUUUAUACCACUGUUGAGCUCUUCUGAAUGACACUUAUAGGUAUUUUUAGGUGCUCCAUUCUGCUGUGUUGAUGAAAAUGUGUGAUACUGAAGCCAAGCCCUGAAUAUUGUAUGGCUUUGGAUGAAAUAGGCUACCAAGGAAAGAGAAAGUUGUUAUGUUUUUAAAUGGGCGGCAGGUAGCCAAGCGGUUAAGAGCGUUGGGCCAGUAACCGAAAUGUGUGCUGGUUUGAAUCACUGAGAAGACUUGGUGAAAAAUCUGUCGAUGUGCCCUUGAGCAAAGCACUUAACCCUAGUUGCUCUGGAUAAGACUGUCUGCUAAAAUGUAACCCCCAGUGCAAAUAAUCCAACGUCACAAUAACUCCCAACAACACAGACUUAGUGGAGUUCAACAGCUCUGUCAGUCUGUCCUGCUCCUCCUCUGGCUCCUCCCCCUUCUCUUACCGAUGGCUGAAUGGCAGCUCUGAAGUCACAGCCAGUGAUGGGGUUCAGUUUGGUGAUGGAGGAUGCAUUCUCACCAUAGACAGUGUGAUCCGGUAUGACAAGGUGCUGUUCAUGUGUAUUGUGUCCAACAACAUCAACAGUGACAACUAGACACUAACCCUUAACAUCAGCUGUGAGUCUCUUACUUUAUGUCUGCAUGUCUACCUCUUCUUAAUUAUCUGCAUUUUGAUUGAGCCAUUUAGGUCAACUUUGAUAAUGACCAUUCAUGUAAUUAAUGUAGUCAUCUCUUGAUUAAGCUCCCUGUAAACAACACCUUCUUUAUACUGUAAAAACAAUUGAUUGAUGUGUUAUUUGUUAAAUGGUAUUCAUGCUGUAUUAUAGCUGAUAAAUGGAAGUUGAUGUUCAUUUCUUUUCUCCCUCACCUUAAAUCUAACAGUAAAAGAAGUCAAUGGAAGAGAUCUUCAUUCAACCAUCAUUCUCCAGUGAGUUCCAUCAUCAACACAUAGAAAACCUGCAUGAUAACACCCAGUGUGGAUCAGUAAUAUAAUGUACAUAAUCAUGACAUUCAUACUAUGUUUGAUUGUCUGCUUUAUUGUGUACUUUUAGUAACAAAAUAACAUGUUCAUAAAAAGUAGAUAACACAAUACUGUAACUUAAUACAUUAAAGCAUAAUGAUAAGGGUGUCCUCUUUUGGUAGUGGUGGGGACUGUACUGUAAAUACACUUUUUUUGUGUACUGUAUUGUCAAUUAUGGUGCAAAAAGGCACAGAAGCUGGAUACUUAAAUGCUUUAAAUUAUGUAAAAACAGAAUAAUAAAGAUUGACAUCUAUUUCUCCAUCAACUUUGUUGUUCUUUGUGUCAAGUGUGACCAGUAAUAUGUUGAUAUGACCUGAUGACAUUCAGUUAAUUCAUUCUUACAAAGCUGGGUGAUAGUUCUAAAAGAUCCUACAGUGAUGUCAUUGUUAGAGAAGGAUUAUAAAGCACAGGUGUUUAUUAUAUAUAAUAUAUAAUCUCAAAUGAAUGUAAAUUGUGCUUCAUUUACUUUCGGAAAAUACCCCAAGACCAAAGUCCACUAUGUUUAUCAGUCAAAGCCUACAAACCAAUAGAGGGCAACAUUGUUGAACAGGCUCAGUGAAGGUAAAACCCGACACAGCUUCCUUAUUAGUGGUUGUGGAGGUGGAGUUUGUGCAGCAAAUGGGGAAGUUUGGUCAUUUAUUCCUUUUUGCAGUGAUGAAUACAUUUAAUAUUUCUUCCUCAUAUCAGGUUUUGGUGUUACUGUAAAGUGCUCUUAUUGUAGCCUUGUCUUCUAUACUUAUUGUGGAGACAGACCUUCAGUCUGAAUCACAGACAUUUAAAAAAUCAGAAGAGAUGGAACAUGCUGCAGUAAUUACUCUCAGGAGCGAUUUAAAGGGGCAAUCAGCAGUUGAAACAAUAACAAAGCCUAUCCUCACCCUUAUUUUGAUAAAAGGCUGAGGGAUGGGGCUGGAGAAAUGCAUCCACUCUCAAAUUCAUAAACAGAGCUAUGGAUGCAAGAACUGACCAUCCAUGAUAUCAAAAGUGUAGUUUUAACCAUGUUUUGAGGCUAUAUAGUGUUUAAUUACAUUUACUUUGAUUACAAACAUUGGAGUAAAACAAGCUUUUGGGAUCUGAUGGGGAACGACAGUUGAACUAAGCUCAUGAGGCAUGUAUAAGUGAUAUUCUUUAAGAAUCAAUAAGUACAUAUCAUUAACUUAUAAGUCCAAAAAUGGAUGUAGAAGCUGUAGAUUGCCCCUUUUAAGAGGGACAAUUGAUCUAAAAACUGAGAAGUAAGCAGAGAAACGUGCAAUGGACAUAAAUAUACAGUUUUGGAUCACUUUUAUAGAGCUACCUUUAUAAAAAAAAUAACAUUUUCAGUAUUCACAAAUGUACCAUAUGAAUGGCAUUAUCUCUUCACCUUUGUAUUUCGCCUGAUAUUAGUGACAUUCCCAUAAGUAUUUGUCAAUAAUGUAUAUUUUGUAUCUAUUUUAUAUUAAGAAUAAAUUAUAUAAUAUUGACUCCUGAUGGUGGUGGUUAGUUAUAGGAUAUGUAGUCCCUCCUACUGAGGAAGCAUCUCAAACUAACCUAUUUUCUAUCUAAAGGUACAAUCUUCUAUUUCUAUAGCCUAAACCUGAUACUGUUUGGUGGGGCUGGAGAAAUGUAGUCACUGUCAAAUUCAGGGUUUGAAAGUUGUGUUUUAACAAUGAUGGAUUAUCAAACUGUUUGCUUUACUAAAUACCUCAACACCAAAGUCCAGUAUUGUUGUCUAUAUAAUCAGCAUAGUAUUAUACCAGUAGAGGGCAACACUGUAUGACAGGGAAAAUCUCACACAGCUUCCUUAUUGAAGCGUCAUUGCAGAUUAUUCAUUUGUUCCGUUGUGCUGCAGUAUCACUUAUGAAGACAUUUUAAAUCAAUUUGUAUAAUAUUUUGAUCACAAAGCAAAGAGUCUGGUAUUACUGAAUACCCUUAUUAUUUGUUUGGACAUAUUCAAUCUGAAUCACCAACACAUGUUACAUCAGGAGAGAUGGAAGCAGCUACUGUAGUUUCUCUCACCAUGGCAGUACUUUCAGGUAAGUCUUUACCUGGCCUUCUCCACAGACACACAUAAGUAGGCCUAGUUGGGCUUGAUAAGGUGACGCCAUAAUGUCAAUAAAGACGCCUUACGUUAAACAAAUCUAAUUAGCUCUUCAUAAGGCCUAUAAUAAUUAUAAUGUUUGAUGUAGCUAAUGUAAUGAUGAUGAUGGUGAUGAUGUGCAAGCCUAAAGGGGUAAUCUGCGAUUGCUCCAUACAUUUCUGGACUUUUAAAUUGAUGAGAUACUGUAUAGCCAUUGAUUCUAGAAGAAUAUAACUUAUAAAUGCCUCAUAAGUUUAGUUCAACUGUCUAACCCCAUCAGAGGCCAAAAUACAAGCUUGUUUUACUCAAUUGUUUGUCAAUUGUAAACAAACAUAGCUACAAACAUACAUUUGGGGUGUGGUGAGUGUGAGGGGUUGCUGCAUAACACUACUCCCACUGCUUUGGUGUCCCUCUUUCAGUGAGUGGACCCAUAUUCAGAAAACACUCAUGUUUGAACCAGCUGAACUUUGCUCUUCUGAAAUCUGAUAUGUCUUUGAUUACAGCAUUUUGUGUUUGUUUUGGAGACAUGAUAAUCAUGCCCUGUUAUUGUUUCCUCAGGAUAUUGUGCUGGUCUAGGAGUGCUUCCACCUGGACCCGUGAAUGGAACAUUGGGAGGAAAUGUGAUUUUCAAAACCACCAUCAAUCCAACCACAAUUAGUACAAUUAUCUGGACCUUUGGUGAUCCCCCUGUUUCCAUUGUUGACUUUCUCAUCUCUGAAGGUCCUGUGACCGGAGUGGGAUAUGUUGGUAGGAUCAGUCUGGACAAUAGCACUGGAUCUCUGGAGCUCAGGAAACUGACCCUGAAUGACAAUGGAACAUACAGAGUGAGCCUAAGAAAGGCUGGUGUUAUUCAGGUGGGAAAUACGUCACUGAAUGUUUAUGGUGAGUUCCAAAUGUUGCAGGGUAAGCUAUGUACAUAAAGUUACGUUCACUAACGUUACGUUCACGCAGGGCAAUAUUUUGAGAACAAUUGUCACAAUGCGUGGUUAACUGCACCGUCAGUGUUUUCUUUGAUCAAGUGUCAAACUAGUUAAGACGAUCUAAGCAAGGCUGGCUGAGGUCCCUAAGGUUGAGAUACCGUAUGAAAACAACUGCUCACUCAUUUAGGUCAACUACCAGUUCAGGGUCAACACCUCGCGUUUGACAUGGGUUUGAUUAUUAUUCCAACAUAGGCUGAACACAAUUUUCUUUAAUUUUGCAAUUUACCUUUUGAAAUGGUAUGUUCUCAUUUUUUUCACAUUUUAUAAGAGCAUUCUUCGUAAGUUUUACCUAGGUUAUCUACUUUUGAACGUAUGCUUCUACUUUGAGAAGACAUUUUGAUUUUCUAAUUAUUUUUUAGAAUUCCAUGCAUUUCCGGCAAUGAAACAUGUGACAUGCCAAAUUACUAUAAAAUAAUGUUGCAAUUUACUAUGAAUUGGUCAACUUGAACUAUUUUGCAAUAGGGUGGUGCAGUAAGAGGAUAUCUUUCUAGAGCUGGCUUGUCAUCACUGGUCAGUUGGGGCUGUUGUGAACAAGGUCUUGUAGCGGACGAAUGGACAGGGACGUGAACCCGGGUCACUGGCAGGAUAGGAAAACACCCUACACAUUGUUCCAAUAGGGUUUCCCCAGUGGGAAUUGUAAUGUGGCUUAUUAGCUAAGAUCACUACAGUAGCUUAUCCUCCAAUCUGGCAGACAUCGACAGACGAGAGACAUCUCAUCCCGGAUUCAUUGUGUGUUUGCAGUGUGCCAACAAUGUGAACGUUGCUACCUCACGUGGCGGAGAGUGGAAAGAGUCAAUAGAACACAAUGCGAGCCAGGUACCUGGUAAUUACUAGCAUGCCUAAACCUGACCAUGCCUUAACCUAACUUUACCCUAACCUUAACCUUAACUACUUGCUGGCAUGCCUAAACUAAAUAUGUGCAAAUACACAUUAUGUGAAAAUACACAGUGAAUCUGCAAGGAAUUGUUUAACUAUGCUCGAAUCAGUAUUAUUAUGUGUCUGUGCUUUUGUAGAGCGCCACAAUGCAGUGUUUUGUAAAACAUGGCCAUCAGAUGUUCUGAGUUGUAAUUUUAGAACUGAGUGGCUGCAGAUCCGAAUUCUCUGGAACCCUCUUCAACAGCUAAAAGUCUGUGGCUUCUGCGCUUGUGCGGGAUUCUCAACUUUACACAGUCUCUGCUCUACUCGUUCGGCUGCCUAGAGAACAGGCUACUCAUGGCAAAUUUGUUAGGUUACAGCCUUAUUCUAAAAUUGAUUAAAAAAUUGUUCGUUUCCCCUCAUCAAAUGUCAGAUACCCCAUAAUGACAAAGCAAAAACAGGUUUUUAGAAAUGUUUGCUAAUUUAUAAAAAAUUAAGAACUGAAAUAUCACAUUUACAUAAGUAUUCAGACCAUUUACUCAGUACUUUGUUGAAGCACCUUUGGUAGCGAUUACAGCCUUGAGUCUUCUUGGGUAUGACGCUACAAGCUUGGCACACCUGUAUUUGGGGAGUUUCUCCCAUUCUUCUCUGCAGAUCUUCUCAAGGUCUGUCAGAUUGGAUGGGAAGCAUCGCUGCACAGCUAUUUUCAGGUCUCUCCAGAGAUGUUCGAUCGGGUUCAAGUCCGGGCUCUGGCUGGGCCACUCAAGAACAUUCAGAGACUAGUCUCGAAGCCACUCCUGCGUUGUCUUGGCUGUGUGCUUCGGGUUGUUGUCCUGUUGAAAGGUGAAUUUUCGCCCCAGUCUGAGGUCCUGAGCGCUCGGGAGCAGGUUUCCAUUAAGGACCUCUCUGUACUUUGCUCCGUUCAUCUUUGCCUCGAUCCUGACUAGUCUCCCAGUCCCUGCAGCUGAAAAACAUCCCCAACAGCAUGAUGCUGCCACCACCAUGCUUCACUAUUGUGAUGGUGCCAGGUUUCCUCCAGACGUGAUAAUUGGCAUUCAGGCCAAAGAGUUCAAUCUUGGUUUCAUCAGAUCAGAGAAUCUUGUUUCUCAUGGUCUGAGAGUCUUUAGGUGCCUUUUGGCAAACUCCAAGUGGGCUGUCAUGUGCCUUUUACUGAGGAGUGGCCUGAUUGGUGGAGUGCUGCAGAGAUGAUUGUUCUUCUGGAUGUUUCUCCCAUCUCCACAGAGGAAGUCUAGAGCUCUGUCAGAGUGACCAUCGGGUUCUUGGUCACCACUCCACAAAUUUCUUGUUAACAAACUAUAGUUUUGGCAAGUCGGUUAGGACAUCUACUUUGUGCAUGACACAAGUACAUUUUCCAACAAUUGUUUACAAACAGAUUAUUUCACUUAUAAUUCACUGUAUCACAAUUCCAGUGGGUCAGAAGUUUACAUACGCUAAGUUGACUGUGCCUUUAAACAGCUUGGAAAAUUCCAGAAAAUGAUGUCAUGGCUUUAGAAGCUUCUGAUAGGCUAAUUGACAUCAUUUGAGUCAAUUGGAGGUGUACCUGUGGAUGUAUUUCAAGGCCUACCUUCAAACUCAGUGCCUCUUUGCUUGACAUCAUGGGAAAAUCUAAAUAAAUCAGCCAAGACCUCAGAAAAACAAUUGUAGACCUCCACAAGUCUGGUUCAUCCUUGGGAGCAAUUUCCAAAUGCCUGAAGGUACCACGUUCAUCUGUACAAACAAUAGCACGCAAGUAUAAACACCAUGGGACCACGCAGCCGUCAUACUGCUCAGGAAGGAGACGCGUUCUGUCUCCUAGAGAUGAACGUACUUUGGUGCGAAAAGUGCAAAUCAAUCCCAGAACAACAGCGAAUUACCUUGUGAAGAUGCUGGAGGAAACAGGUACAAAAGUAUCUAUAUCCACAGUAAAAACGAGUCCUAUAUCGACAUAACCUGAAAGACCGCUCAGCAAGGAAGAAGCCACUGCUCCAAAACCGCCAUAAAAAAGCCAGACUACAGUUUGCAACUGCACAUGGGGACAAAGAUCGUACUUUUUGGAGAAAUGUCCUCUGGUCUGAUGAAACAAAAAUAUAACUGUUUGGCCAUAAUGACCAUUGUUAUGUUUGGAGGAAAAAGGGGGUUGCUUGCAAGCCGAAGAACACCAUCCCAACCGUGAAGCAAGGGGGUGGCAGAAUCAUACUGUGGGGGUGCUUUGCUGCAGGAGGGACUGAAGCACUUCACAAAAUAGAUGGCAUCAUGAGGAAGGAAAAUUAUGUGGCUAUAUCGAAGCAACAUCUCAAGACAUCAGUCAGGAAGUUAAAGCUUGGUCGCAAAUGGGUCUUCCAAAUGAACAAUGACCCCAAGCAUACUUCCAAUGUUGUGGCAAAAUGGCUUAAGGACAACAAAGUCAAGGUAUUGGAGUGGCCAUCACAAAGCCCUGACCUCAAUCCUAUAGAAAAUGUUUGGGCAGAACUGAAAAAGCGUGUGUGAGCAAGGAGGCCUACAAACCUGACUCAGUUACACCAGCUAUGUCAGGAGGAAUGGGCCAAAAUUCACCCAACUUAUUGUGGGAAGCUUGUGGAAGGCUACCUGACACGUUUGACCCAAUUUAAACAAUUUAAAGGCAAUGGUACCAAAUACUAAUUGAGUGCAUGUAAACUUCUGACCCACUGGGAAUGUGAUGAAAGAAAUAAAAGCUGAAAUAAAUAAUUCUCUCUACUAUUAUUCUGACAUUUCACAUUCUUAAAAUAAAGUGGUGAUCCUAACUGACCUAAGACAGGGAAUUUUUACUAGGAUUAAAUGUCAGAAAUUGUGAAAAACUGAGUUUAAAUGUAUUUGGCUAAGGUGUAUGUAAACUUCCAACUUCAACUGUAUAUGUUUUAAUAGAGACAAGCUAAAAAAUAAGUGAAAAUGGACAAAUUAUCCAAUGGAUUGUUAAUUUUCGGGUUAAAAAGUGGUGCGCCAUGUCUCAAUCCUUGUGAACAUCAUGGGUAAGCUCUGGGCAUCGUCUUUCAAACAAAUGACAAGCAACAUCUAGCCACGUUUUAUAUGAGAGCUAACAGCAUUGUGUGGCUAGCAUUGCUGUUUUCAGGUCACUGUUAAAAUGUCACAAAAUUGCUUUUAAAUAAACUUCUGGAUGAACUUCUGGUGGUUGUGGCAUUAUGGCUUUAGACACCGUGGAACACCUUGCUUUAGACACAGGAAUUUGUACUGACACAAACACCUUGACAGAUGUCAUCUACUCUCACCCACAGAGACCAUUUCAAACGUGACUCUGAGGGCCAACGUCAUUGAUCUAGUGGAACUGAAAGACACUGCCAUUUUCACCUGCUCUGUGUCCUCUGGCUCCUCCCCCCUCUCUUACCACUGGCUGAAUGGCAGCUCUGAGGUCACAGCCAGAUAUGGAAUUCAGCUUGGUGAUGGAGGCCGUACUCUCACCAUAGCCAAUGUGACCCAGUAUGACCAGGGGCCAUACAGGUGUAUUGUGGCCAACCCCGUCAGUAGUGAACCCAGCCAGAAUCUAACCCUCACCAUCAGCUGUGAGUCUCUAACCUGCAUAUCUAACUUAUCUACAUGCAUUUAUGUAAACGUUGUUUACCUUUCACCAUAUAGUUCACGUACAGUACUGUAGCCAUCUCUUGAUUUUGCUUCCUGCAGUACCUGUCUGCAUAACUGUAACUGCUUAAGAAUAACUACACAUAUUGCUAAUAACAUCAGAUUCUUAGGUUACAGCGUUAUUGCCUGUUCUGUAUAUCAUUAACACCUGCUUAUGGCAUGUCUUAAUGUUUAUUUUAUUUGAUCACUUCAUCCUUUUGCCCCUAAGCUGUUGCUUAUAUUUCCAUUGAAUCCAGCCUCCCUACUGUAUGUGUUGGGUGGCUGAUUUCUGGUGAUGGGACACUUAAGCUAGCUAGAUGAUACACUAAUGAUAACAUGACACAUCUUAAAUGGGUGACUUGAACAUGGUCUAGAAAGUAUCUUUAAUGCUGGUGUUAAACAUGGUCCAUUCAUGGCAGAUGGACCAGAAAACACAAGAAUGAAGGUGACCCCUCUAGAUGUGCUGUAUGGAUCAGGGUCAAACCUCACUCUGUCCUGCUCAGCUGAAUCCAGUCCUCCCUCCCAGUUUCAGUGGGCUCUGAAUGGAACACUGCUGUACAAUAUAGGACCAGAACUCAGUCUGGAGAACAUCCAGGCCAGUCAGAGUGGUAGCUACAGCUGCUGGGCCCAUAAUACCAGAACCCUGAGGUACCAGAUAUCUGAGCCCUCUGACAUCACUGUGCUGGUUAAGUGGUAUAGAGGAGAUGGAGAUGGAGACAGUCAUGGGAGGAAAGAGAGAGACUGGUUCUGGGGUUUCAUGGCUGAACUGACUGAAAUGUUUGUGAGGUUUGCGCUCCAGUCCUAGAGACACCUUUUUCCUUUUCCUUCCAAUGUGUACAUUUGGACGGGUAGCCUUCUUCUCUAUGUAGUAGAACAGAUAGUCUCUUUCAACAGAGAUACAACACAUGAAAAGAGAGAUCUAUGAGUGGAAUGUGAAACAAAGCAGAUGGCAUUGGAUUAUUAGCUGAUACUGUACUGAAUACUGUAUAUGGGUUAUUCCAAGCAGGGUUGGUUGCUGUGGUUGCGAGGACAUUUUCUGUAUGAGCAUUGUAUGUAGUAGCUGGCCACUGCUCUGUCAUGCAGUGAGGAAAAAGCAAACCACAUAAUCAUCCCUUUGUUACCAUUCAAUGGCCUUGUGAAUAGUUUCCAUGUGAGGAGGAUGAACAGAUAAUGAAGGAGAUGUUGUCUUAGCUUUGAGAUCUCUUACACAUCGAUUAGACUUCUAACCUUAAUCAUUCAUUCACAUUUUUCAUAUACCGUGUGCAGGCCUACUUUAUCAUGAACAAACUUUAUAGUGUUGCAUGUCAUUAUUCAUUUCACGUGUGCUCAUCGUGUCUUCAGGAAACUGUUACUGUUUGACAAGAUAAUAUACUAUCUACAUUAUAAUAUAGACUACAAUCUGUAUUAUCAAACCAACCUAUCUGAUUCAUAAUAUAACCAUUAUCCUUCACAGAACCAAUAUCUGGUGCUAUCAUAACAACUUCCCCAAAUCCUCCAAUCAUCGAGGGGAAUUCUGUCACCUUAACAUGUGAUGCUUCUGGCUCCAUCAUCAGCAGAGAGUGGAUGAAGGAUGGUCAGCUUCUGUCUGCUGGUGGCAACAUGAUCAUCUCUGAGGAUAAGAGAGUGCUGUCCAUAAACCCUGUGAAGAGAACAGACAGUGGAGAAUACCUGUGUAGAGUCAGCAACCCCAUCAGCACCGCUGAUGCUAAACACGAUCUCAUUGUAAACUGUAAGUAGGCCUACUCUGCUAUAAACCUGGGGUUACAAUUACUGUGUUUUAACUGCUGUUGUUUCUUGCAUUAAAAUCUGACAGUCACAGUGUAAAUGCUGGAUAUGCAAGAUAUUACAGAGUAAAUCUAUGGAUAUAUACAGGGGCGCAACAUUCACUGAGGACGGGGGGGAGAUGUCCUCCCCAUUUUUGUCCCCCAAAGUUUUAUUAUUGGAAUGUGAUACAAAACCUGGCAGGGUGUGCUUUAGGACCAUGCGGAAGCCUCUGAGCGGUUAGGUAGACUGUUUGGAGUGUUUUUAUCCCCACUUCUAAAACCAAAGUUGCGCCCCUAAAUAUAAAUAACAGUUUGAGUGUGUAACAUCACAUUGAUUACCAACUAACAAACACAUGGCUACCUCUAAUUGGAACUGGUGAUCUCUGUGUUACAGAUGGACCUGAUGGUAUGGAAAUCAAGGGUCCAACUGAAAUAGAAGUAGGACAGAAGUUUACAUUGACCUGCUCUGCUGACUCCAACCCCCCUGCUAGUUACACCUGGAUGCUCAAUGGAACAGAGAUACCUGGACAUUCACCUGAGUUCACUAAAGAGAAGAGUGAAUACUCUGACAGUGGGGAUUACACCUGUACAGCAACAAAUGAUGUCACUAGAAACAAAACAUAUGUGGUCCAUAAACUGUCAGUAAAAGGUAAAGUUAGCUGAAGCUUUGAAGACAAUAUGAGAUAGUAAAUAGAUAGUAAUUACAUUUUCGAUGCAAGAUUAUUUACUCAUAUAUUACUUUUGCAUUCCAAACUUGUUUUCAAAUAGUGUCUUUAGUUGUCGUUGUUGUGUUGUAAUUGUUACCCAGAUGUACUGUAUUGUGCAGUACUUCCUGUUCACUGUGUAGCCUUUCAUCUCUGCAUGGUUCUUUCUCUGGUCUCUGCAGCGGUGGGCUCUCUAACUCCAGGACUGUCUGCUGGUGCCAUCACUAGGAUUGUGAUUGCAAUAUUGGUGGUUGUGGGAGGGGCAGUUGGUGUUGCAGUGUUCUUCAUCAAGAAAAAU